AUGGCGGGUUCGACAUCGAUACCACCACUGGGUCCGCUCGACCAGCUCGACGCGUCGUUGGACGAAUUCGUGCGGUCGAUUGGCAACCCGAGCAACCGGCCGACGUUCGGCUACCCGUCGGCCCACUCGGGCUUCCGGAGCGACGACAUGGAGAGCGAGGCGGACGAUUCGGACUCGGAAGCUUCCGCCGGUGGCUACAGUCCGCCGGUCUGGAGACGCCUCGGCAACGGCGACCACAGUAGCGGCUUUUGGCGGAAGGGUGACAGGAUGAUGUACGGCGAUGAUGACGAAGCGGGCCUCUCAAGGGAGAGCAGUCCCGGAUACGAGAGUGCAGAUGAGAUACUCGCGCAGGCGAUCAGGACGAGGUUACCCACGGGGAGUCUGUCGCCCGAAAAGGAGAGGAGUCCGGAGCCGGAGUAUUAUCCUGCGCAGCAGCAUUUGAUUGAUGACAUGGUGAAUGUCAAGCAAGAGGCUAAGGAUGAUAUGGCAUUGAGCGAACUGAAAGAUGGGUUACUCAGGUCAAAGGAGGUUGCGGACAAUUUCAUCCGCUUCGCUGUCAGGGCAGAAGUUCAACACAGGACCGAGCCCAUCGACACGACCAUCAACUUCGUCCGUGCUAGAUUCCGUGCCGUAACCAGCUCCUGGACAUCCAUGUUUUCCUCCUUCAUCAUCGUUACCCUCGCGUAUGCGGCGCUCCGAUGGAUAUCACAGCCGGCAGCAUUGCGGCCCGUACCUGACCUCGUCAAGGUCGCCGGCGUCGCCCGCUCACUGGAGCCUCUAAUCUACUACUCCGAGAAUGGGGUCCAGCAGGUUGGCGAUCUGCAGGCAACUGGCGUCGCCGUCUGGGAUCUCGGCGAGAGCGUCCGGAGCAGCAACCUGACCUCAGCUCCCAUCAUCGUGAAGGAGCUUGACGAACUCAGUGACAGCCUUAAGGCGCUGGCCAUCGAGCUAACCAAGUUCUUCGCCAACGUGGACGGAGAUAUCGACGGCAUCUUAAUAGUUAUGGACUGGGCGCGCCGCGAGCUCUACCAAGUCCAGCAGCUCCCGACCCUCCCGCUGUCCUCCGCCUUCGAUAACAUCCACAACCUGCUCUCCAACGCCGGCAUCCUAGAAGACUCCGUGACAGGCCAGCCCACCCGCCUCGGCCGCCUGGCAACCUCCUUGUUCGGUCAAUCAACGCCGCAACGAACAAAGCAGACCCUGCAGCGCACCUUCAACGAGUUCCUCACGGUUCUCGAAGACGCCGUCGCGUCCGAGCUGCAACACUCCCUCGCACUCUUCGCCCUGUUCGAGGCAAUCGACCACCAGUUCCUCAACCUGGUGCGCACCGUCAUCCGCGAGGCCUCGCUGCAGGACGAGGCGCACACCGACCUGCUGUCCUCGCUCUGGACUCGCAUCCUGGGGCCCAAGGCCUCCGAGGUGGCCAAGUACGAGCGCAACCGGCUGCUGCUGCAGAACGUCCGGGAGAAGACGGUGCGCAACAAGGGCAUCCUCGUCGAGCACAACCACAAGCUGCUCGCGCUCAAGGCGAAUCUCGAGAGUCUCCGCCGGAAGCUCGUGUCGCCGCUCGUGCGGAGCGUGAACAGCAGUACCCUGACGCUUGAGGAGCAGAUCCGCGGGCUGGAGGAUGUCGGGUCGUAUCUGGAAGGGGUGCGGAUACGGCAGAAGGGGAAGCUGCUCGAGAUGUUGUAUGGCAGUGGCAGCGGGAGUGGGAAUGCCAUUGCCAGGCCCACUGUCGAGGGGGGCAGUAAUAUGUUUUCUGCCAGGGCGGGAGGGAGAUGA